CCCACAGAUCUCUAUUUGCUCAAACCUAUUUUAGUUUAAGUGGGAAGUGACUAGCAAGACCAUUAUUUCCUACAGAUUGCCUAAUUACAUUUUUAAAAAGGUGAUGGUGAGCCACUGUGUUGAAUACCGCUGUCCUCCUGAUGACAUUACUCACAUAGUGCUGUGGGGAAGGAUACUCCAUGGUUUAGACCAGUGGUUCCCAACCUUUUUUUUGGCCAUGCCCCACCUAAUCACCUCUAAAAUCCUGAUGCCCCCCCCCCCCCCCCUUGCUUUCCCUUGAGAGAAAACGGAGGAAAUAGAUAUUAUAAGGGUAACUUAGCAAAAGCUCUUUGAAUCGCAUUUCUAAAUCCAAUUCAAUAAAUAAGGUUCUCCCAUGACCUCGCGCGCUUCGUGCGACGUGCAUGAAGAGCGAUGGCGCGGUGAUUAUGUAAUAACUACAAAAUAAAGACCUUUUUUACCCCAAAAAAAUUAUUUACUCAAAAUAACAUCUGAAACAUAAAGUACAUAUGUUUACCUGAUGGAAAAUCCAAAAAAAUAAAAAUCGAAAAUUUGGACCCAGACCUCCUCAGUCGCGCUCAAUUGCCCCCCUUAAAAAUCAAAUUGCCCCCCUGUGGGGCGUACGCCCCACGUUGGGAACCACUGGUUUAGACGGAACAACAAUUAGAGGCAAUGAAAUAUAUCCAUGUCAGAAUGUGUGUGACUUGGAAAAUCCUGCAGGCACUGAGCACUGGAUCCAGUUUGGUGAGAAUCUGGAUGUUUAUCUGUAUACUAUAACUAGGGAAUAUAAAAUACAAUAUUUUUUGAACCAUGCUCCCUAAUUUCUCCAGUGUAUUGUUUUCUGAACCUUUACUGGCAGUGUUCCACCAUUUCAACUGACACCACCUGCUUCUUCCAUUGAUGAGGAAUGGAUAAGUAACCCUGAAAGCUAAUUUAAAGUCUCUGGUGGCUGAGUAAGUGUUGAUGCACCUGCUAUCCACUUAGCCAUGAACUGAGAUGGGUGCCAGUUGGGGUUGUGAUAAAAGUCCUUGGCAGUAUGAAGAGGCGGCGAUACCUCAAGUUGUCGGUGGUGUUACUGGUGAUUCUAGGCUCCACCUAUUACUUAAUCAAUGAGAAAAUUCAAUUCCGUAGUGGUGUUUACGGUAGGAAUUUCGCCUUGCUUCUGCCGUUUGCUGGAGUGAAGAAGACAGAGGAUGUUGAAGCAACUAAAUCUGAAAGCAAGAACCCAUUUUUGUGUUCUUCAGACAUCGGACACAAAAGUUGGCCAGCAAAUGCGUUGGCCAAGCCAGAAACCCUGCCGUUUGGGACAUUGAGCACAGAAAGAUAUUUCAAAACAAUUCUUGAAAAUUUGGAGACCUGUGAUCUUCCACAUCAGUUGAAGAACUUAUCUUGUCUGCGUUGUAUUGUCAUUGGCAAUGGGGCAGUACUUCGAAAUAGGAACUUGGGGAAAAAAAUCAACUCCUACGAUAUUGUCAUCAGAUUAAACAAUGGCCCUGUGAUUGGAUACGAAAAUGAUGUUGGGAAUAAAACAACAUUUCGAUUGUGUUACCCAGAAUCUGUUUUUAUCGAUCGUAGCUCGCGUGAUGACAACACUACAAUGGUUUUUGUUCCUUUUAAGACUGUGGAUUUGCGAUGGUUAAAAGAAGUGCUCUUAAAGAAGAGAGUGUCCUUGCGAGGCUUCUGGAAGAAACCACCAUUGGAACUUAUUUACAAGAAAGCUCAAGUUAGGGUUCUAAACCCUUCUGUUGUUCAGAAAGCAGCUUUUGAGUUGCUGCAUCUUCCGAAAGUUGUUGCAUGGCCAAAGCCUCCUCAAUAUCCAACAACUGGGAUCAUUGCAUUAUCGAUGGCACUUACCAUGUGUGAUGAAGUUCAUGUAGCUGGCUUCAAGUAUGAUGCUAAGAAUCGUAAUGGCACUUUACAUUAUUACGGCAAUGAAACCAUGGCAACCAUGGAAAAAACGCAGUAUCAUAACAUUACUGCUGAACAAAUGCUUCUGAACAAGUUGAAAUUAUCAAAUAGAAUUUUUGAUUUGACUGGAUCUUAUUGAAAGGAGCGUCGACAUUGAGAUCGUUACAACACUGUUAUGAUAUCAAUAUUAAAGGGAACCACAGCCACUCCUUUUGUCUGGGCUUCCUUCACCUGUAUGGGAACACAAAGCACUCAUGUUUGGAUCACUGAAAAAAAUCUGGCACAGGUGACUGAAACAAUUCCUUGUGGAAAAGUGGGAGCUGCAAGUACUCUUGAGGUAUUGAGGUUCACUAUCAUGGACUAUGUAACAAUAGAUGUCAGAAGGUUUAUUCGUUGACAAAAAUUGUCGUGGUUGAAGGAGGGUUUUUGCUUUUGGAAAUCUCAUUUUAAAAAGAUUUAAUUAACCAGCACAUUGCCUUUGUUUUUGUAAAUGAUAGAAUAUAUGUAUUUUGUUUGUGAUUGCUGAUUAUGUGAAGUUGUAAUUUUGAUUUGAAUAUUAUCUGCUCAGGACUGAGGCACGGUUAAUUUAUUUUGUGAUUCCAAGCAAAAUUCUCGAGCAAAGUUAUUUUGUAAUCACUCUUAUAGUUAAGUUAAAUUGUAAUAAACGUUUUAAUAGAUUUAUAAUUCGGAUAAAAUGGUGAAUGUUUCAAAUAAUUAAUAAAUGUUUGAAUUUUCCUGGAAGAAAAUUAUCUAUUAGCAAUUUACAUAACACUUUGCAAAGCUAGCAAACAUGUGAAGUUCAUUCAUGUUUCUCUUUACUGUUGCAAGCUGCUUUUGAGAUGUAUAUAUUUUUUGUUCUCUUUGUUAUUGGCAUUGUUCUGUAAAUUGUUUUCCAAAUUUGCUCUAAUUCCAUUCUGAAUUUUGUAGACUCACCUGCUAAGUAAUGGCAACAUUUCUGCCUUAAAUUUGAAAAUGUUAGUACAAUUAUUUGUCGUUUCAUUUUGUAUAAAAAUUAGUUUCAAUGAAGAUUUGGAGUUGUCGCAAUCCUUUUAUCAAUUACUAAGGACAUGUACAUCCAGUUAACUGCUCUGCAUCGUACUGUCAAUUAUAUAUUUAAAAAACUGGAGUUCCAAAAUAGACAUUCAAUUCUGAGUUUUGUCAAAGGAGAAUAUAAUUAAGUGGAUAGAAGAAAACGGUCAAUUACAUGUUCAAAACUCUGGAUCUGCACCUUCUGAUGUAUAGUUCCUGCAGGGGGGGGCGAGUGUAGUUCCCAUAGUGCGUUCGGCCGAAUGCACUACUCUCUGCAGAGCCUUCUUAUCCUGAGCAGAGUAGUUCCCAAACCAGAUUGUGAUGUUGCCGUACAAGAUGCUUUCUACAGCCCUCGAGUAGAAGUACUGAAGGAUCCUCAGAGAAACUCUGAAUUUCCUGAGGUGGUAAAGGCACGGCAUUUCCUUACUCACCAGUAAGUACCUGUACGUCUUUGGAAUGUGGGAGGAAGUCGAAAACCUACGCAAUCACCGGAAGAACAUGCAAACACAGUACAGAUAGCACCCGUAGUCGGGAUCGAUCCCAUGUCUCUGGUGCUGAAAGUGCUGUAAGGAACAACUCUACCACUGCGCCACUGUGCCGCCAUGUUGGAAAGUAAUUGUUCAUGAACCAGGUGGUGUAGGUCUGGCAGUCAGAAGAGAGCAUGGACUGAAUGGUGGGGAUUCUAAAUGGUAGAUGCUGCUGCCUUGAGCCAGGACCUCUGUCCACUCCUCUGCAGCCUUUUGCGUUCUUGUGCUUUAGAACUGCUCAACCAGGCCUUGAUGCAACCUGUCAGGAUACUUUCUACAGUCCAUCAAUUAAAUGUAAUUGGAAUUAUUGUGACAAUUAUUGGUGGCUCAGCGGUAAAGUUGCUGUCUUACAGUGCCACAGACCUGGGUUCGAGCCUGAGUACGGGUGCUGUCUGUAUGGAAUUUGUACAUUCUCCCCGUGCCCUGUGUAGGUUUUCUCCGGGUGCUCCAGUUUCCUCUCACACUCCAAAGAUGCGCAGCUUUAUGGCUAAUUGGCUUCGGCAAAAUUGUAAGUUGUCCCUAGUGUCUGUACGAUAGAAUUAGUGUGUGGGGAUCACUGGUCGGUAUGGAGUUGAUGGUCCGAAGGGCCUGUUUAAGCGCUGUAUCUCGAAACUAAAGUAGGGGAAUAUGCCAGUCAAGCCUUACACAUCACGGUCCUUUAAAAUCACCACAGUUAAACAGCACAUUUGGAAGAAAUAACCUUUUUAAACGCUCAAGGUUAUACUUUGGUGCUGAAUUUUUUUUUGCAGUAGAAUCUCUGCACUGAGCCUCAAAUCCAUAAACAUGUGCCUCUGGUGCUACCAUUUUGCCCAAUAGUUGUGAUUUGCUGUAAUGUAUUCAUACUUUUCUAUAGAGUGGUGCAGCGGUAGAGUUGCUGCCUUACAGCGCUUGCAACACCAGAGUCCCGGGCUCGAUCCCGACUACGGGUGCUGUCAUUAUGGAGUUUGUACGUUCUCCCCAUGACCACGUGGGUUUUCUCUGAGAUCUUCAGUUUCUUCCCACACUCCAAAGACGUACUGGUAUGUAGGUUAAUUGGCUUGGAGUAUGUGUAAAGGAAUUGUCCCUAGUACGUGCAGGAUAGUGUUCAUGUGUGAGGAUCGCCAGUCAACGUGGACUCGGUGGGCCAAAGGGCCUGUUUCCGCUUUGUAUCUCUAAACUAAAAGAAACCUUUGUGUUCUCACAACUUCCAAGGUCACCACCUCUUUUAGAAUAUUACUGUACAAUCCAGCUCAUGUUAUCCUGUGUUUUUUAUCUGAUACUUAAUGGCAUAGCAGGUCAUUGUAUCAGGUAGGAUCAUUGCCAGCUCCUAUGUGAGCAAUCCCUUUGGUCCUCUCAAUUUCUAACAGUGGUUUGUGUACAAUCUUACCUUUAAAGAUAUUCAAAAUUAUUAUUUUUCUGGUUAUCUGUUUAUUCAGUAUACAUUAUUCUUGUUAUUUUCAUUACCUAACAAUACC